AUGGUGGCGGCGUGGACGCCCACCCCCGCCGCCGCCUCCCACGGCCCUGCGGCGGGGCGGCGGCAGGUGGUCGGUGAGUCGGCCCUCCGGCCCGCGGCCCGCGGUCGUCGCGGCGGCUUCCCCGCCCAACCCGCAUCGUCCGCCAGGGGGCAGCAGAGGCUGCAGCCUGCGCGAGCCCGCCCCCCGCGCCCCGCCCCGGACGCGCGGCCCGACAGCCCGCCCCGGGGCCUCGCCGAUGCGCCCCCGGGCCGUCAGCGGAGGAGCCCGCCCCCCGCGGCCGCUUGCUGGCUUCGGGGCUGCGCCCCGUGUCCUUUCCAGAAAAACCGAGCCAGGGCCUGUGUGGCGGGUCCCAGGGCAGGCCACGCCUGCUCGGAACGGGCGCCCCUCCUCCUCCUGGCGGGUCACCGCUCCUUCUCCCCCGCCCCGGGGCCGGGCCGGGCCGUGAUAACUGGGAGGAGAGCUGCUCAGAGCACGUCUCCCCCAACGGAGCGGCAGAUAAAGGCGCCUGAGGGCUGUCUCACCCUGAGCGCUCAGAGGGCAGGGGGAGACAGAAAGGCGGCCCAGUGA